GUUAAACAGUUUUAGUCAAUGAACUGUGAUCAAGACCAAGAUAAUCGUCUAUCUGAAAAGCACUUGAGGAACGUUGACUCACCCACUGGUCAUCUAGCAUAGAUAAGCGACGAGGUAUAUAGAUUAAAGAAAGGAUAUUUUAAAUUAGCUUGUAAGUCAGUCGUAGUGCAGUGAUCAUUUGUAUGGUGUCUUUAGUACAAAGCGGAAACAUGCCUAGUAUUUUCGUCGGUGCGAUUUUGGUGAUUCUGGCCUUUGGCCAGGUAGAAAUGCACUCUUAUCAUUUAGGAGCUUGCCCUACUAUAGAACCAGAAACUAAUUUUGAUAUGAACAGGAUGUUGGGUAUUUGGUACGUAAUCGAAAAGACAAGUACGGCGAGUAGUUGCAUCGUGUACAACAUAUCGAGGACCGAAGAACCCGCAGAAUACACAAUAGAAGAAAUCAGCCAGCAUUUCCUACUUGCACUUACGCCACUUAAGCACGGUUACCAUUAUGCUGGAACACUGAAGGUUCCUGACACAGCUGUUCCUGCAAAGAUGACUGUUAAGUUUCCUUUAAGUGUAGCAGGUACCUCAUCUUUCACUGUAUUUGCGACAGACUUCGAUACAUAUGCUGGAAUAUUCACAUGCCAAAAGUUGACUUUUGCUCAUAGGCAAUCAGCGACGAUUUUGUCUAGACGUAGAACUCUGGACAAAAUGUACAUUGACAAACUUCGUAACAAACUGGCCAACGCCCAAAUCGACCCAUUCGAGCUGUCCAUCAUCAAGCAGAAGGACUGUCCCAAAGAUCCGAAUGAGGGCUACAACAUCAACAUUAAUGACGAGACGAUUUCAGCUAAGGCAGCUGCUGACGUUAUCAGAAAGGCUGGAGAAAAGAUCGGAGAUGGAGUAGAGUACAUUUCCGGAAAGACUAAGGAUGCUGUUGAGAAGAUAUAUGACAGGUAGACACUUGUAAUUUCACUAAAAACUUCAGACUCUCCUUAAGCAUGUCUAAUACAUGUUGCUUAUGACUGGAUAAUUCUUACUGGAGCUUAAACUGUCCAGUGGCGUCUUGAACGGGAUCUGGACGAAUAUUUGUGACAAAAAAAUGUACGCCACUGACUUUUGUGCACUUUUUACGUUCUUUGGAUAAAGUAUAAGGAAAUACUUUUUUGUCUCUUAACCUUUUUUCGUCUAUUGCUUAGUUUUCGAGAAAAAAGUCAACUUAAUUGCAUAUCCCUGGACCACACAAAGAAUAUGGGGAAAAGUUUCUUUUGGAAAUUAUUAUUUUUUUAUAUUUUUUGUAUUACUAAUUAUUAUUGAAAAUACCUGGCGUAUUUUUUAUUGUGUGUUUAUGGCAGCGAGAAAUCAGAUGAAGUCAAAAACGGUAAG